AAAGGAAAUUGAAGCUUGGUUCGUAUCGUGGUAGUCGUACAGCACGGUACUGUGGAGUACCGUACGUWGCGGUACAGUACRAGGUACAAGUAUGAGAUUUAUUCCAUUGAAUGUAAYUGUUUCGAUAGUAUUGUUUGGUAUUGAUAAACAGCCGRUUGAUCUAGUGACACUUGUCACCGAUCUACUUUGUACCAAUACRAUGUCAUUUGAUCAAAGAAAGCGAAGAUUCCUUGGGCAGCCAGAGUUUGUGUUCGCGAUCGUUGUCCUCGUUGCAUUGGCAUCGCUUCAGCGUUCGCCGUCCGUUUUGUACUGCGACGCCUUCGUCGCGCCAUCCGCCCGAAGUAGUUGUCAGCAGUCAAAAAGAAUACGGCAAGUGCAAUUCUCAGGGGAACGGAUAAGAGAAUCACCACAGUUUUCGAGAUCGACGGUUGUGCAAACUAUUGCGUCCGGUGACAGCGCCGGUGAUGAAACCCAAAAURCCGAUGCCGCCAAUGCAGAAAGCAGCGUUGAAUAUUCCUUCUACGACGAGGUUACAAUUUUGGUCAAGGCUGGGAGUGGUGGACAGGGUGCCUCUACGUAUAGAAAAGGAGUUGGUGGUCAAAAUGGUCCACCAGAUGGAGGGAACGGGGGGAAUGGGGGGAAUGUUAUCUUGAUGGUAGACGAUUCGCUCAACACGCUGGCCGGGUUGUCGCCCAUUGCUUACAAAGUUAAUUCGUUUGGUGGGAGUGGAGCAGCGGURUCGGCACAACAGGGUCGGCCACGUUAUAAAUCGUUUCGCGCAGAAAUUGGAUGCGACGGCAUGCGGCAAAUGAAAAGCGGAAGGUACGGAAAAGACGUCACCAUACGUGUUCCACCAGGGACCGUCGUCCACGAAAUUAUAGAGAACGAAGACGACGAUGAGUACGGAGACGACAACAAGGAAAAUCUGGUCGAACUCGGAACCCUGCUUCUUCCAGAGCAGGGUGGUGAGGUCAAUAAUAUCGACAACCUGGACAACAAUGUGGUUAUGACACGGCGGAUGCGUAGCAGUGCCAUUUCAUCGUACGCGAAGCCCACAACGACACUCGUUGUAGCAAGGGGUGGGGAAGGCGGCGAAGGAUCCGGUAUAAAUCAGAAGGGUAGAGGUGUACAGCGACCACGAUUGUCACCACAAGGUGGAGAGAAACGGAAAUUAAGAUUGACACUAAAGUUGGUCGCGGAUGUUGCCCUAGUCGGUGUCCCUAAUGCCGGUAAAUCGACGUUUCUCUCGAAGGUAACGAGAGCGAAACCACGCAUUGCAGAUUAUCCCUUCACGACGGGUGAGUUMAAGAGCAAGAAAACUCGUCGUUUUGUUUUGCAAACAACUCUUCUUGAUUCACCGUUGAAUUCGGCGUUGGUUUGAAUGGUCUGCGCGUCCCUAACACAAAUUUGUACGUUGCCGUUCUAUUGCACCGCAAAAACAGUUAUUCCUAACCUGGGAGUAUGGGUUCCACAAGCAUUAUUUGAUCCAGAUGGUCGCGGAACAAAAGGAGGCGGUGGCACGGGUGGAAAUGGUUUGGUGCUGUGCGAUGUUCCGGGUUUGAUCGAGGGUGCAUCCCGUGGAGUAGGACUCGGACACGCGUUUUUGAGACAUGUCGAACGGUGUCACGUGAUUUUGCAUCUGGUCGAUGCAACGUCAGAGGAUCCCGUAGGAGAGUUCAAAAUGCUCAACGGAGAAUUGAUCAAGUAUGGAACUGGACAGUUGGCUCGCAUGCCCCAGGUUGUCGUCAUCAACAAAAUCGAUGCCUACGAGAGUGAUAAGAAACCAAGCCUAUCUCUCGAGGAGUUAGAAGYGCAAUUGAAGGAUGCUAUGAGUCAUUCUAGAUUGAUGAGAAUGAGUGCAAAGGAGGAAGAUGGCGUCGACGAUCUCAUGGUGCGAUUGUCAGCUUUCGUCAAAAAAGUURCUUAGUCUAGCUCUCAAUUGCUACUUUUUCUGAACCGUUGUACCCCAAAGGCGAAAAAAUAACUUAAUGGAAAAGGGAAAMUUGGAUUUUCGGCUAUUUUUCUUUCAAAAAUAAAACAAAACGCAAGCA